UGCGCAUGCGUGUUACCGAUCAUGUUUCCGGUACAAACCUAACAGCGACGGUCGGGUUUAGGGUUGGGCGAAAAUGUCGGAAAAAGCGGCCAGUCAGGGACAGGAGAAUCCCCAGGAGAAAGGUUUCCGGACCCCGGGGCUGAGGGGCGCCACGACCACCACGCUGUUCCGCGCCGUUAACCCCGAACUCUUCAUAAAACCAAACAAACCAGUGAUGGUGAUGGGACUGGUGGCCAUAACUCUGUGUGUGGGUUACCUGGGCUACAUGCACGCAACCAGAGAGAACGAGCAGCUCUACGAGGCCGUGGACAGCCAGGGAGAGAGAUACAUGAGGAGGAAGACCUCCAAGUGGGACUGAGGAAGACGGUUUCUGUGACGGCUGGACUGAAAUAAAGAAAACAUGACUGAGUUUUUUAGUUUCAAUAUUUCAGCUCAAUGAGAGACAGAAAAAAAAA